UUCAACGAAACAGUAUCAACGUUGCAUUUUAAAAUAUCAUCAUGCUUUUUUCGACGUGCGUAAAGAGAUCUGCAUUGUUAAGUGCAGUUAUACGAAAGCAAAUAAUAGGAUUAGGACCGAAGAGAACUGGUUUCUUUUCUUGUAUUCCAGUCAUUAAAAAUGCAACUACUCCGUCAACGUUGUUAUCUUCAAAUUCUAUUCGAUCGUUCAAUACAACUAAGAUGAAACUUCAGGAAGAAAAGCCUCACGAUCAUGCCCGGCUUUGGGUCAUAGAGAAGGGAACAUCAGCUAUAUUAGUCGCGCUAAUACCAUUCGGACUGCUAAUUCCGAAUAGACUCUUUGACUCACUACUAGCUAUUCUUAUAACGGCCCAUACUUUUUGGGGGAUGGAAGCAGUUAUGGUGGAAUAUGUACGGGUCCUGUUAUUUGGACCCUUAAUCCCGAAAAUUGCUAUCGGAUUCGUAUAUGCGAUGACAGUGUUAAUGUUAGGAGGUCUUUUUUAUCUCAUUUUUAAUGAUAUCGGCUUAUGCAGAGCGUUUUGGAGGAUUUGGAGAAAUAUGAGAAAGCCGAAAGACUCGUUCAAGCGUCGUUAGAUAAA